AUGAUAAGCACCCUAGACUCUUCACAAUUUGUGACCAAGAUAUGCGGUCUUCAAAGUGCCGAGGCGGCUCAAGAAGCCAUCGAUGCUAAUUCUAUCCUGCUGGGUAUUAUCUGCGUGCCAAACCGAAAGCGGACAGUCGAUCCCAGCGUGGCCAAAGAGAUUUCUCAAAGAGUCAAAUCUGCUCGCGAGGAGAGACAAAAAAGAGGCUUGCUGGGCCCUUUUCUGGUCGGGGUCUUCCGGAACCAAAGCGUAGAAGAAGUACAGAGAAUUAAAAGUGAUUACGGGAUAGACAUCGCCCAGCUCCAUGGAAGCGAGAACUGGCAGCAGUACAAGGAAAAGUUUCAGGACACGCUGCUGAUCAAACGGUUUGUGUUUCCAGAAGACUGUCCGCAAGUUGAGGAACUCUCUAAAAUAGAAAAUCCAGGAUGUCUGGCGCUAUUUGACUCUGAAGCUGGUGGCACUGGCGAGAAACUGGAUUGGGACUCGAUCUCCACUUGGAGUCAGAAAACAGGGGCGACAUUCAUCUUGGCAGGUGGCCUUACGCCUGAGAACGUCAAGGCUGCUAGUCAGCUCCACGGCGUACGAGGCGUUGAUGUUAGCGGUGGAGUGGAAACAGAGGGCAGAAAAGACUACAGUAAAAUAAAGCUUUUCCUUAGCGAAUCAAGUGCCUAA